CUCACAGUUCAAAUUACGUAGUCAAUGCCAGCAAGCUCCAACACCCUCCGCCCUCCAGCACUCUCUCGGCCCUCCAACUCCAAGAUCUGAAUCAAGAAAACCGCCGGCGAUGGGCUGCUUGGGCCGGUGCUGGGACAAAUGCAAGUGGCCACUAGCGUGCUUCACCGCCCUCGCCGCCGUCAUCAUCAUCGUCGUCAUGGUCGCCGCCUACAGCUUCGCCAUCCAGCCAUCCAUCACCGUCGAGGACGCCUCGCUGGCCAGGUUCGCGCUGGCGACCACCCCGACGACGUCGCUCGGGUACAACCUCUCGCUGCGGCUCGUCGUCCGCAACCGCAACUGGGCGACGACCAUGAAGAACACGGAGCCGCUUGAGGCGGCGUACAAGUUCGACGGCCAGCAGUUCGACCGCGUGCAGGUCGCCGACAAGGGCGACAAGCACGGCCCCAGGAAGACCCGGGUGUACCGCCUCGUCACGGGCCAAGAGAGCGGCUACGUGGCGCUGGGCAAUGCCGGCGUCGCCGCGUACAAGGAGCAGAACAAGACGGGGGAGUUCGAGCUGGAGGUGGCGGUCACCGGCGAGGUGCGGUACACGCUGCAGCUGAAGAAGAACAAGCUGGCGGGGACCUGCAAACUCAAGCUUAAGCUCGACUCGCCGGCGACGGCCUCCGUUGUGUUCGAGAGGGUGAAAUGCAAGCUCGAGAAGGAGAAGAAGGACAAUGAGUAGUUAAUUUGCUAGCUACUACUGUGUACUGUAUGGUUUUCAUCCAAAGUUCCAAGCAAUCUAUGGCGGUCGAGUAGUUGUAGUUGUAGUACCUCUCGUUUAUUUGAUUCCUUCAUUAUGUAAAAAGAUUUUCGUUCCUGAAUC